AUGGCCGGAUCACCUGUUAUUCUUUACAGAUAUGACAAUUCUGCAUUUUCCACACGUGUAGAGGCACAUUUGCUCCUCCGCGACAUCAAGUACCAGCAAUGUACGCAACCGCCUAUCAUGCCCCGGCCUGACGUCGCCGCUCUUGGCUUGGAGUAUCGCCGGAUUCCUAUCAUGGCCAUUGGCAACAAUGUCAUUCUAGAUUCGAGCUUGCAAGUUACAAAGCUUGAAAAGCUACCCUCUUCCGGCAAUGCCGUCAUCAGCUCUAACUCGCCCGUUAACCCGGAGCACAAGGCCAUCCAGUUCCUAGUUUCCCGAUUUGUUUGCAAGGUUUUGUUCAGGACUCUUUCGCUCCUGAUGCGUGUAGACAAGGGCUUUCUGGCCAGCCGCAAGUUCAAUGAUGACCGGUCCAAGCUGCUGGGCGGCGACUUCAAGCAGGCUGUGUUACGCGGGCAACCCUCGGCUAUGGCGGAAGUCAUCUCCGUGUUUGAGUUUCUAGAGAAUGGGCUUCUCGCUGACGGUAGGAACUGGCUAUUGAAUACUGAACAGGUUACGUCGGUCGACAUCGAAGCGGCAUGGGCGCUGGUUUGGAUCGACGGCAUGGACGAGGGUCUUCCAUCGGAACACUUUUCUGAGCAGCGGUUCCCCAAGGUCCGCGCCUGGAUGAACCGCUAUCGUUCAGCCCUGCGAGAAGCCCAGCAGAAACGUGGCCCGGUGGAGGAUAUCUCUGGUGAGGCAGCUGCCAAACUGAUCAAAGCGUCCCCGGUCACUGCGCAGUCAGCUGGUGUCAGUCAAUCUGAUCCUGUUGCGAAAUCGAUGGGACUUGUCAAGGGCGACUUGAUUACCAUCUGGACCAGCGAUGUUCCUAAAGCUGCUGAGAAAGAUACAGGCAAGCUUGUUGCGCUCCUCAGCAACGAAAUUGUGGUGGAUGUGGCUACUGCUAAUGGCACGUUCCGCGUCUAUGCCCCACGAAACGGAUUUCACCUUCAAAAGCAUUCUGAAGCUCGGCUGUAA